AUGGAUNACAGGGAACACCAACAACUGCUUACCGACUGUCUUCUAGUAGUACUCCUGUGGGAAAUUAUUGCCUUUCUCAAGAAGAAAAUUCAAUAUCUCCUAGAACAUCGACAAAGUUUGUGAAUGGAGCCACUACUAUAGUACCUGGAAUAUCAGCAUUACAAUUGACUUCUUUAUCAGAAUCAUCUAUAACACCAUUUUGGAAUGGAUCACCACCAACUUAUUCACAAAUACAAAUACCUUCAUCAGUUAAAGUAGUGCAGUAUCCAGAUACAAAGAAUCAAUGUGAAACAAAUGACUUACCUGUAGAAGAAUCAACCAACAGCAAUAAUCAAUCUUCUGAGCAAGUAUUAACACCUGCUUCUCCUCCAACCCAUCCUCUUCAUUCUUCUAUUUCUGCUGUAAGUCAACCUAUAACAGUUUAUCCUUGUCCUGUAUAUUCUGGUAUGCUGUUUCCAUACAGUGAAUCCUUUUCUGUUAAUCUUAAUGCCUGGAGAUCACAAGAUCCUACUGGUAGUGACCUUCCAUUAGCAGACCUUCCAACUGUGCGUUUCUUCUAUAAUCUUGGAUGUGAUUAUUUUCGAAUGACGUCAAUGAUGCAUGUAACAACUCCAUCACCUUAUCCUGCUUGGACACCAUGUAAUAGUAGCAUUAGUUAUGCUAUUGGUACCCCUUGUUCUUCAAUUCCUGUACCUAUGUCAGAAUGCUAUGAUCAAAGAAGGGAAGAUAUUACUCAAAGAAAUUUUAAUGGAUCUGUGAAUACACAGAUGAUUCCCCCUCAGCCUGUCAUUGUUGGCAGUCCACCUUCUGUGUCGGCUCAUGCCAUUUUUUAUUCGUCAUCUUUACCAACAGUCAGUACACCACAAACUGUAAUCUCAUCACCUUCAUAUGUUGCUAGUUCAUUACCAUAAAUUAUUGAAGAUUUGUGCUUUGUUUUAAAUGUUGUGUAUUAUUUAUGUAGUUUGAGAUCAAUGAAUGUUAAAAAAAUCGAAGACACUGCUGUCCUUCAAAAUGAUGUGUGUUAAAAUCUUUUCAUACAGAGAUUUUACAACUUUAUAGUAGAAAAUAUUUUAUAUUUCUUACAUGCAUCAUAUACUAACAGUAUUCAUUUGUCCAAUUUUUUUAUCAACAUUAAUAACAAUAUAGUAUUUUAAGUUUUCUAACAAAUUUGAAUUUCAGUAUUACUAAAUUCUAAUAUAAAAUAUCUUUUUCUAAUAUUUAGUAUUUAAAUAUUUAUUUAGAUAUUUUUGGAUUUGUUAAUUUCAUAUUUUCAUUUAUGAAAAUUGGCAUCUAAAAUAUUUUGACUAUCACAAAGGAAUUGUGAUGUAAUGUUUUAUUAAAAUUGUAACUACUGUAAUAUCUUAAAUAUUAAGAGACAUUAAUAAAGCCAAUUAUUUUGUAUUUAGUUUGUAUUUUCAAUUUAUCUAUAUAAUAAUAAAAAAGUACUAUGUAAUAAUCAAAGUUAAUCUAUUUACUUUGAAUAUUUAAUGUCGUCAUACAUAUGUACAAUGCUCUUUAAUGUGAAUUAAAUCUCUAACUAUAAAGCAGCCAUCUUAACUGUAGCAAUGGCAUUUGUUAUUGACUCUUAUACAAUUUUUAUUCAUAAACAAUUUUAGUUACUGUUAAUGUGUUUUUAACCAAUUCAAUAGUGCAAUUAUUGUCUUUUUGAUAAAUAUUGUAAUCCCACAUU